AUGGGUUCUUGGGAAGCUUUUCUCUUCUCCCCCUUUCUUCUGUGGAGUCAAAGUAGAGGGGUGAGGUUGAUGUUGUUACUACUGAUCCUACAUUUAGGAAACUGUGUUGAUAAAGUAGAUGAUGAAGAUGAUGAGGAUUUAAUGGUGAACAAAACAUGGGUCUUGGCACCAAAAAUUCAUGAAGGAGACAUAACCCAAAUUCUCAACUCAUUGCUUCAAGGUUACGACAAUAAACUUCGCCCAGAUAUAGGAGGUAAGUUAGAAUUAUUGUUUGGAAAUAUUGUCGAUUUUGAAAUAUAUUGCAUUAGUGUUGGGCAUAUCAGUUCAACUAAUGUAGAAUACACAAUAGAUAUAAUUUUUGCCCAAACCUGGUUCGACAGUCGUCUGAAAUUCAACAGUACCAUGAAAGUGCUGAUGCUUAAUAGUAACAUGGUUGGGAAAAUUUGGAUUCCUGACACUUUCUUCAGAAACUCAAGAAAAUCUGAUGCACACUGGAUAACGACUCCUAAUCGUCUGCUGAGAAUUUGGAAUGACGGACGAGUUCUUUAUACCCUCAGAUUGACAAUUAAUGCAGAAUGUUACCUUCAACUUCAUAACUUUCCUAUGGAUGAACAUUCCUGUCCACUAGAGUUUUCAAGCUAUGGAUACCCCAAAAAUGAAAUUGAAUAUAAAUGGAAAAAGCCUUCUGUAGAAGUGGCUGAUCCUAAAUACUGGAGAUUAUAUCAGUUUGCAUUUGUAGGUUUAAGAAAUUCAACUGAAAUUGCUCACACAAUCUCAGGGGAUUAUGUUAUCAUGACAAUUUUUUUUGACCUGAGCCGACGAAUGGGAUACUUCACUAUUCAGACAUAUAUCCCGUGUAUUCUAACAGUUGUGCUUUCCUGGGUGUCCUUUUGGAUCAAUAAAGAUGCGGUGCCUGCAAGAACAUCACUGGGUAUCACCACAGUUUUGACUAUGACAACCCUAAGUACGAUUGCCCGGAAGUCUUUACCUAAGGUUUCUUAUGUGACUGCGAUGGAUCUCUUUGUUUCUGUUUGUUUCAUUUUUGUAUUUGCAGCCUUGAUGGAAUAUGGAACCUUGCACUACUUUACUAGCAACAAAAAGGGAAAGACUACUAAAGACAGGAGGAUAAAAAAUCCCAUAAUAAAUUUAUUUGUGUUUAAGGCACUGACCUUUAUUUUCAAACCCGGAUCCACCCUGAUCCCGAUGAGCAGCAUUUCUCUGCAACAAGGGGAGGACGAUUACGGCUAUCAGUGCUUGGAGGGCAAAGAUUGUGCCAGCUUUUUCUGCUGCUUUGAAGACUGCAGAGCGGGGUCCUGGAGGGAAGGGAGGAUACACAUCCGCAUCGCCAAAAUUGACUCCUACUCGCGAAUAUUCUUCCCAACAGCGUUUGCCUUGUUCAAUCUGGUUUAUUGGGUUGGCUACCUUUACUUAUAA